CUUUCUGGUGAUCUGCGUUUAUUCCUCUUUCCCCCCACCCCACCCCCAGAAUGUGGAAUACAUGUUCGGAGUCGUAGGCAUCCCCGUGACCGAAAUCGCCCUUGCUGCACAGGAAUUGGGCAUCAGGUACAUCGGGAUGAGGAAUGAGCAAGCGGCUUGUUAUGCUGCCUCUGCGAUUGGAUACCUAACGGGCAGGCCAGGAGUGUGCCUUGUGGUUUCUGGCCCAGGUCUCAUCCACGCCUUGGGUGGCAUGGCAAAUGCGAACAUGAACUGCUGGCCCUUGAUUGUGAUUGGUGGUUCUUCUGAAAGAAAUCAAGAAACAAUGGGAGCCUUUCAGGAGUUUCCUCAGGUUGAAGCUUGCAGAUUAUAUAGCAAGUUCUCUGCCCGGCCAGCCAGCAUAGAACAUAUUCCUUCUGUUAUUGAAAAGGCAGUGAGAAGCAGUAUCUAUGGUCGGCCAGGUGCUUGUUACGUUGACAUUCCUGCAGAUCUCGUGAUCCUCCAGGAGAAUGUGAAUUCUAUAAAGUACAAGGAGUGCUGCAUGCCAUCUCCAGUUAGCAUGGCCGAAACCCCUGCUGUGUGUAUGGCAGCAUCUGUUAUUAGAAAUGCCAAACGGCCCCUGCUCAUCAUCGGGAAAGGUGCCGCUUAUUCCCGUGCAGAGGACAGUCUCCGGAAGCUGGUGGAGCAGUGCAAUUUGCCAUUUUUGCCCACCCCUAUGGGGAAGGGUGUUGUCCCUGACAAUCAUCCAAACUGUGUAGGUGCAGCCAGAUCCAGGGCUCUGCAGUUUGCUGAUGUGAUUGUGUUAUUUGGUGCGAGGCUGAACUGGAUAUUACAUUUUGGAUUGCCUCCAAGAUACCAAGCAGAUGUGAAGUUUAUUCAGAUUGAUAUCUGUGCAGAAGAAUUGGGAAAUAAUGUAAGGCCUUCUGUGACUUUGCUAGGAGACAUAAAUGCUGUUUCUAAGCAGCUUUUGGAACAGUUUGAUAAAACCCCAUGGCAGUACCCCAUAGACAGCAAAUGGUGGGAGACUCUGAGGGAAAAAAUGAGGACCAAUGAAGCUGCAUCCAAGGAAUUAGCUUCCAAAAGAUCCCUCCCUAUGAAUUACUACACAGUAUUCUCCCAUGUUCAAGAACAGUUACCCAGAGACUGUUUUAUAGUAAGUGAGGGAGCUAAUACUAUGGACAUUGGCCGUACCGUGCUUCAGAACUACCUUCCUCGCCACAGGCUUGAUGCUGGCACCUUUGGAACAAUGGGAGUCGGUUUGGGAUUUGCUAUUGCAGCUGCUCUGGUGGCUAAAGAUAGAAGUCCCGGGCAGCGGGUCAUCUGUGUGGAAGGCGACAGUGCCUUUGGAUUUUCUGGCAUGGAAGUAGAAACCAUCUGCAGGUACAACUUGCCAAUUAUAGUCUUGGUAGUAAACAAUAAUGGAAUCUACCAAGGAGUUGAUGCAGACACUUGGGGGAAAAUGUCAAAUCUUCAAGAAGCUGCCACAAUAGUCCCUCCGAUGUGUCUCUUGCCAAACUCGCAUUAUGAGCAGGUCAUGACUGCAUUUGGAGGCAAAGGGUAUUUUGUACAAACACCAGAAGAACUCCAAAACUCUCUGAAGCAGGCACUGGAAGACACAAGUAAACCCUGUCUUAUCAACAUCAUGAUUGAACCACAGAGCACACGGAAAGCCCAGGACUUUCACUGGCUGACCCGUUCUAAUAUGUGAAUAAACUCUUGACAGUUUGGAGGAACUUUCUCUUUCCAGCAAGGUAGAAUUUACUUUCCAUAGCAAAAACAUUUAAAAUUAUGUUUUAUUAAAGAACUUGA